UAAAAUUUAGAACAUAUACUUUAGGAUUUCAGUAGUCAUACUACUAACUGUGCCUCUGUUUGGCUCUCUUUCUUUUAAUUUUUAAUGUAUGGAAUAGUAUUUUAAGAAAAAAUUUCAAUUUACGUGUGAUAUUAAUUUUGGAGAGAUUGUGUAGCUUAAAUAAGAGUGAGAAGGAAAAAUUGAAAGAAAAGGAAGCCAAAAGGGAAUAGUUAGUUGUAUGACGACUGAAAUCAUAAAGUAGAGAAACAUGCUACAAAAACAGGGUUAAAAAUAGGUUGUAUGAUUGGAGAAUUUAAAAAAUAAAAAAACCAACCAACUUGCUGACACAUCACUUUGUUUUUUCUUCCCCGUUUUCUUUAGAAAUUCUUCUAAAGUAUAUGUUCUAAAUUAAAAAAUUUUUUAUUGAAAAAAAAAUGUGUGAUGGAAAUGUUAAAUUUGGAGCCAAAAUGCAAUGCAUCUUGUAGAGCUUAACAUGUUUACGUUGUGUAGAGCAAUGAUUCUAACAUAAAUAGCAUUAAUAGGAAGAAAAACAACAAUAGAGAGGAAGAAGAGGCAGGGCAGGGACCAUACCAGACGUCGUUGGUUUCGCACCACAACAAGAACUCCGAGCAGAGAGAGACAGAGAGAGGGGCAAAUAUAUGUUGACUGCAUUGGAAAAGCUAAUUUUCACACAGCCCACAGCUUUGUAUUCAGGAAAAGGGAAAAUGGACAACUUCUCUCCGCAUAUCUUCUUCUCAGCUAUUUUGGAAACUUUUUGAGCAAUCCUUUUCCAUAAUACCCUAAUUUCCUUCUCUUAUGUUUGUUAAAUUGAGUAAAAACUGCCUCUAAAAUAUAAUUUCAAAUUCCUUAGUCAUUUUUCUCGCUUUGAAACGGGGUUCGUUUUUUCUUGAUUUCUUUAAAUUUCAUUCAGUUUGUCUUUGAAUUUUAAAAAUUUCCUAGUGGGAGGCUCGAAUUGCUUGGAUUUUAUUCCAUUCACUACGUGCUCAAUAUUGGUUGAAUUCAAUUGGGUUUUGUGUGAAGUUUUAGGCUCCAAGGUUUGAAUUCUGGAAAAUUGAACAGGAUAAAAAUUAUCGGACCUGAAUCUACUCAAAUUUCGGUGAAUUUGAAGUUGAUUAUUUUGCUAUUAAGUGAUUUUUUUGGAAUUUUCAAAAUGGAAACAAAAGUUGAAGCAACUGAACUCGAAUAUAGAUCCGGAAUUUGCGGGCUUAAACCCGGAGAUAUCGGGUUCGGGUUCGAUGAUAUCCACGGACUAAUCUCCGCACCACCGCCGCCGCCGGAAACCGGCAGCUCCUUCACUGCGCUUCUCGAACUUCCGGCGCCACAAGCAGUUGAGCUCUUGGUCAACUCUCCGGAAGCCGCUGACGAACUAUUUCGGGCGAAACCCAACAUCUCUUAUUUUCCUCCGCCGCAAAUAUUUCCUUCCAAUAUUGCCCUAAUUGACCAUGCUUCAAAGCUUUCUUUCUUAGCUUUGGCUGAUAAUUCGUCGGAAAAUUACUCAAUGUUGUCCGUUUCGAGUUCAAAGAAGCUCGAUAUUGUUAAGCAAGAACAAAUGAACUCGGAUUCAAACCCGAACGGUUCUUCGCCGGCGGUUUCUGACCAGAAUCUGAAGUCCCGUAAGCGGAAGGAACGGGAGAAAAAGGUUAAAGAAUUGAAUAAGAAGAGCAAAAAAAGGGUACAAAAUGAAUCCUCUGAAGAUGGCGGAGAGAAGCUGCCAUACGUUCAUGUCAGAGCUCGCCGUGGCCAAGCCACCGAUAGCCAUAGCUUAGCUGAAAGAGCUAGGAGAGAGAAGAUCAAUGCCCGAAUGAGACUACUACAAGAGCUGGUCCCAGGAUGUAACAAGGUAACAUGUCUUUUUCCUUUAUUUUUUUGGAAAGAAACUAUGCCCCUUGCAAAUAUUAGUAGUGGUGAUCAUGUGUGACAAUGAAAUUUCUGUUUUGUUAAUGAGGGUGAUUAGAUUUUUAGCAUGUUAUGUUUUUUAUCUUUGGAAUAUGGACUGAUUUACGGUCUAAAUAAAUAUUAAAAAAGAUGAUUUUAAGUGGGACCAAAACCCUCUGUUUGGAUCAAGAGAGGGAGAAAUGCCUUUUCUGUCUUUAAUUACACCUGGUUAAUCAUAGAUCAGUCUUCUCGUUUGUAAUUUGUUAGCCCCCGUUUGGUUUAGUUAGUAAAAGUUGAGAAAAAUCUUAAUCAAAGUCUACAAUUUAAU